GGGGCGGCAUUGAAGCUAGAGGACACACACAAGAACCAUCACCACCAGCUUACCCCACAUAUUGAUAUUCAUAUAUUUUCACACACACCAGUUUCGCCGGACGGAUUUUCUCUCAUAACGUCAAAGUAACGUCAUGAGAGUUUGACAGCUACUGUACUCGAUUCUACUGUAGUUCUAUACCAGCACCAGCACAGGACAAACCAGUUCUACUCAGUUAGACUUAACUUUACUGUCUAUUAAAUGAUUCACGUCGUCUAACAUCCAGCAGCAGCACAUUUGUCAAUAAUCAACAACAAUGAAGACAAGUGUCUGAGAGUGAUAUAAAUAAUAACAAUAAUUAGCACAGCAAUUAAAAUAAUAAACAUAAAAAAAUAAGUGCGGUGAUUUUUUAUAUCAGAAUAUGGAAGAAUGAUCAAACACGGGAUUAUUUUUCUACUGCUCCUUGUAUUGCCAGGAUGGCAAGAAGCCUUAGGAUCAGUAUCUGUCAGAACUGUCGAAGUAGACAUCGGACAAAAUCUGACGAUAGCUUGUACUGAUGAAAAUGUAUCACGUCAUCCUGGUAAUUAUUCAAAUGUGAUGUGGGUCCGUGAGGGAAGAAAAGAUGGCCAGGUUCGGAGAAUGAAAAUAGGAUCGAAUAAAGCACUUGAGCUGGUGAAUGUUAGUCUUGAUGACGCUGGUAAUUACUUCUGUACACUUGACAAUGACGCGAAUGCUGUUAAAACACGAAUUAAUAUUCAAGUUAAGACACCCCCACCAGCGCUUCAUAAUGUCUGGGUCAAACCAUCGACGAUACUCGCAAAUAUAUUGUGGGAAGUAGCGGGUACUGGUGGUUAUCCAAUUAUUGACUUCACUGCCGAAUAUCGUCUUAAACCAGGUGUAGGUGAAGAACCUGAAGACUGGAAACCGAUUAUGCCGACGCACAUUCCUUCUAAUUCUAGACAAAUUGACGUUUAUCAUCUGGAGCCAAACACAACGUACUUGUUUCGCGUAUGGGCAACAAAUAAACUUGGCCGUGGUGAAAUCGUUCAAGUUGAAGGUCAUACUCAUCACACCGUCGAAGAACUAGAGCUGGCGAAACAUCUGUUAGCCGGCGUGGAAAAUUUUGAUACACGAAUCUGGGUAGCGGCGGUAGGAAUUGUUAUGGGAACACUAAUGGUCCUUGGUUUAGGUACAUGCUACCUUCUGUAUCGUGAGUGCAAGGCACCCUCGCAGCUGGAGGAUCAGGAAGUGAUUGAAUUGGUACCGAAUAUUAUUCUUAACCCGGGAUUCUUUGACGAGAGAUCUGAGCGACAGCAUCAGCAGCAACAUCAAGACGAGAAUUUCAACAACCAAACAACCACACGACUGAACAACAACACCGUGAUAUUACCGAGACGACUUUAGCGUUUUAUUAACAAUUUAUUAAUUUGUUAAUCAAGCAAUUAUUUUUUUACUACUGGUCGGUUAUUACCCCGCUAUUAAUUAUUAAUUAUUAAUAUUGAUAUUAAUAUUAAUAACUCUGAUUACUUGGUAUUAAUUUACGAUGGACCGGUAGUUUUUAUGACGCAGGAAUUUAUUUGUUACAAUGCAAAAGUGUUCAAAAACGUAUUAAUUAUAUUGAUAUUUAUAAUAAUUAAAAAUUGUAAGACUUUGCUAUAGAUUUCACACAUGCCGAUAUUUGAAAUUUUUUAAAACCGCGGUCGCUCGUGUAAUAUUACGACCACGUUGUUGUUGCUUGUCGACUGGAUUUUUUCACUGUAAGUAAAUUAUUUCCACGAGCUGAUGAAAGACUGGAAAUUUUAAAUGAAAAUUUAUCAUCAAUUAUUUUUAAAUUAUUAUUGAUUAUUAAUCAAUUGAUUGGUGAAAUUUUUUGAAUGACAAAAAAAGACUGUUAUGUUUGGCGGUUUUUGCAAAUUUUUUUUUACUGUUACUUUUUUUUGCAAAAAUUAAACCGCCUUUUUAAUCUGAUAUUUAAU